CCAAAAUCUUCCACAACCCUUGACACAUGACACACAACAGAGUCGCACAGCCAGGGCAACACACACUCUCAGGUCUCCACACCACAGCACCACCAGCCAGGUACACACACUCCUCUCACUAAACCCCAUCCACUCCUUUAUCAUCAUCAUCUCCCUCCCUUUCUUCUUCCUCCCCUCCUCUACUCGCAGCUCACUCUUCCUGCCAUCCAUGGCAAAUGCUUCUCUCCAGUCCUUUCUUCUUCCCCAACACCAUUCUUUCCUCGGAACCGGCAUCCAUGACAGCUCCCCUUCUGUUGUGCUCAGGUUCACUACCAACACCAGCACCAGCAUUUCCUUCAGGCUCUUCUCCAACACCUCCCCCUCAGUGACCACAACCUCAACCCCCAACUCAUCGACUCCGACUCCAGUCACCCUGGCUGCAGCAAACACGCCGCCUGCCCCCUCCCUAGACCUCCUCGGUCACCAGCUUGCAGUGGGAGAUUACCGACAGGCCGACGAGACCACCCGCGCGCUCAUCAUUGACCUCGCAGGUGAGUCCGCACGGGGUCGAGGGUACGUCUUCUUCUCGGAGGUCCAGUUCAUCUCCGUCGAGGACCUCCGUGCCAUCGACAAGCUCUGGAGGGAGCACAGCAAUGGCAAGUUUGGGUACAGCGUGCAGCGUCGGCUGUGGGAGAAGUCGCGGCGCGACUUCACCCGCUUCUUCAUCAGGAUUGGCUGGAUGAAGAAGCUGGACACUGAAAUUGAGCAGUACAACUACAGGGCCUUCCCUGAUGAGUUCAUAUGGGAGAUGAAGGAUGACACACCAGAGGGUCACCUGCCUCUCACCAAUGCCCUCAGGGGGACACAGCUCCUGGGAAAUAUACUCACACACCCUGCCUUUGAGGAGAGCCAACAAGAGGAAGCAGCAGAGGAGAGUGUCACAGCUACUACCACUGAUCAGAGCAAAGAUGGUAACAAAGGGAAGGAGAGACCGAAGUUUAUGAGAGAUUUCGAGCCUGACUACUCCUUUUGAGGCUGGCAAGAAAGGCAUGGGAGUUUGUGAUGCAGAGAUGCUGUCAUGGGGCAAUUGAUUUAAAAGAUCAUGUAUCUGUAGUUCUGUUUGCCUUACUUUGUCUUAAACAUGCAUGAAAAAUUGCACAAUAUAUUAUGAAUAUAAUUGGUUGAGGUA